AUGGACUCUGACGACGAAUAUAUGGAACCGAGAUGGGUUCGCAGGGCCAACGCCACCUCCAUCAUGUAUGAUGAAAUCAUACCCGAUAUGCCAGACGACGACUCCAAGCCGUACUGUAUAUGGCUGGAGAUCGCAAGCGAGGAAACCUACCGGAAGGUGUUCCAUCGCUACCCGGACAUGAGGUAUCAGGUCGGCCGCGCCUGCGCCGCGGCCGGCUACGACACCCUUUACGACGAGCUCGAUCUCUUGCCCGACGUGUCCAUCGCGGAAGAAGCGAGGGAAGCCGGGAACGACGGCAGCCGGCGCAUCUUCGACAAGAUCAUGAGCCACGCGGUACGAUACGCCGUCAUGGACGACUACACGCGCACCAUCAACACGUCGGACCCGACCCCCGGAGCGUGUCUGAACGGCGACACUGCUAUCCGGGCGUCUCUUUUGAGCGACGACGACGCCGAGAUUACUGAUGAGAUGCGGGAUCCUCACUACUUUGACAUCACGGAGGACAUCGGACCCAGCGGUAGGCACGCCGGCCAUCGGAACAUGGAUCACCAGAUCCUGCCCGCCCAAUUCGAGUACCUCCUCUGGUCCCCGCUCCCGCGAGACCUCCCGACGACGCGCAAGGACCCCCUCAUCGUCAUGGCGGCGUACGAAGGGAACCUGGACCGCUACGUCCGCCUCCGGCGCCCGGCCAUGGUCGCGGAGGAGUGGGGCGCCGUCAUUCGAGGCAUCUACCACAGCACGACCUUUGCCAAGUGGUGGUCUCUCCGGGACCCCGCGACCCUGGGCCCGAACUCCCGCUACAUCCUCCAGGCCAUCAACGCGCGCUUCAUCAUGAACAACGACCUGUCCCGCAUCAGCAUAGACACGCCCGACGCAAACGACAUCCCCACCAUGUUCUGGUACCCCCUUAUACCCCAGGAGAUAACCCUGCGCGAACUCCUCCGCCGGAGGCCCAGCACCAAGUUUUCGGUCGGCAUGGCCUGCAUCAUCGCCGACUACCACUACACCUACGACGCCCUGGACGUGACCCCCCACUACAUCACGUACCAGCAGGCGCGCAUGAGCCAUAACCCCCAAUACGCGCUGGACCUGGAGCAGCGCGCGGCCGAGAUGGGCAUUGACCUCUACCCGAUGACGCACCUCAACUGCCUGUCCAGGCCGGACAAGGAGCCGACGUCGCUCGCCAUCGAGCCCGUGAUCCGCACGUUCCAGGGCGCCCUGAUCGAGUGCCAUAUAGAAGGGAUCUACCCCAGCGAGCUGCAGGCGAAUGCCGCUUCGUGGGAGCUCUUCAUAUGCGUUCCGGAAGACUUGAAGAGGCAAGCUCCAAAGGGGGAUCUCAUGUUGUACCCCGAAAGCGAGGACCUCGACACCUGGAAAGCAGCAUUGCCCAAAGUCCUUUUACGGUAG